AUGCAACUGCAACUGGAAGCAGAACCCUCGAUCUUCCAUUUGGAGAUCUCCAUUCCGUCCUUGGUCUGCGCCUUGUCGGUCUUUAUCGACAAACGAAAGGAAAAGAGACGAGAACUGAAGGUAAAAAGGCAACAGCCAGAAAGAGAGACGAUUCUCAAUGCUAUUGCGGUGGAGAGGAGCAGUGCUUUUCCUAGCAACCUAUUGAUGGGUCUUCGCUUGAAGCCUCACCUCCUCUUCCUUCUCGUCAUCAGUCUCUCGUCUCCUUCGCACCAACUCCAGGACCCUGCCCUCAUCGACCGGAUAGUGAGAGACUCAGCCUUCCGAUCCUAUCUCACCGACCACCACAAGACGGCCGUCGUCUACAAUGUCUCACUCCCUCCCAGCGUCUCCGGGGCGACCGUGGAGACUGUGCGGUAUCGGACUAGUAGCUUGAGGCGUCACGGCGCCUCGGUCAAUGAGUUCCAUGUCGCGCCAGGCGUCGUCGUUCAUCCCCACUCUAAGAGGCUCAUCCUGGUGAUUCAGAACCUGGGCAACCUCUCUUCCGUGUACGGCAGCUACAGGAACAUAUCGAGGUUUCAACUGGUCUCUCCGGUGCUGGGCCUUCUAUUCUACAGAGCAGCGAGCAUUCGCAAUUCUUCGAUUCCACCUGAGCUGGAGAUCUUGGUGACGAAGAGACCCAUCACAGUAGAUUUUUCGGGAUUGGAGCAGAGCACCAAGGGACGGCGAGUGCUCUGCGCGCUGUUCGAGUUGGACGGCAAACUGAGCCUAUCGAACGUGACCCGCAGCAAUGCAUGUAGUGCGCGAAGUCAGGGCCACUUUGCCCUGGUAGUCGAGACCAUUGACAAUGCCGGUGGUGGAGAGGAGAUGAAGCUGAGCGGAUGGAAGGUAGUCGUGGUCAGCGUUGCGGCGGGUGCCUUCAGCGCAGUGCUCUUAGGACUAAUCGUGGUGGCCAUGGUGACGGCGAAGUGGAAGAGGUUGCGGACUGCGGAGAUGGAGAGAAGAGCGUACGAGGAGGAGGCACUGCAGAUCUCCAUGGUGGGUCAUGUCAGGGCACCUACAGCGGCGAUGGUUCGGACCACCCCACGUCUGGAGAACGAAGAUGCGCCAUCUUGGUGA